AUGCAAUCAAAUAUUCAAGAUAUCAUUAGUUCUAUUCUAUCUGAAGAGGUGGAAAAAGACAAACGUCCGAAUCAAACAUUGAUUUUCACAUUAGGUAAUGAUGCUCGUUCCAUAAUCGAGAAUGAAUUAACGACGACAUCAUCAACAUCAUCCAUUAGGGCAAUAUUACGAAGUCGAAAUAAUGUAAAUAUAUUAUUUUUGAAUAAAUUACAAUAUUUUUAUAUGUAUUUGAUCAAAUGCGAGGCAGAGCGUAUGAUUUAUAAUAGAUUUAUCAUAUACGGAUUGGAUUCAUUGAUAUGUGAAUUGAAUGAUACUAACUCGGUUCUUUACGAUACAGCGGAGGAUACAGCGAAUUCGCAUAUUAAUGUGCAACAAUUACGAAUUGUUAAUUUGAUAUAUAGUACUGUAUUUCGAAUCAAAAGGAAAUAUGAAUUAAAAAAUAUUACAUUUGUAUACGGUAAUUAUUCGGCCUUAUUGACAAGGGAUUUACAACGAUUAGAACGAUAUUGGCGAGAUAUAAUUUCUUAA